AGUAAUUAUGUGUUUCAUGCAGGGUAGGGAGCAAGCAAACCUGAACUUCUCUGUGCUCGUUUGCCCUUUUCAAAAUGAAUUCACAAUAAACAAAUUUGAUUAGACAACUGCUUGGACGGACGAAGAGUUUUCAGGAGAACUAGAAUUGAAACAAUGGAGAGUUGCAACAGAAGAUGGCGUCUUCCAAGUAUGUGCCUUCUCGCAUGCAUAAUGGUUGUUUUUCUUGAUCAACCUUUAAGUGCAAAUGCGCAACUGCCAAAGUUGGACGAUGGCUUAGACAGGUGUCACCCAAACAAAACAGCGAAGCCUCGCGUAUGCCAACCUGGAGUUAUCUUACCACUCUGGCCACCUGCUGAAAUCACACAUAUAACAACUGCAGACACCGUGGGGCGUGCGAUUGUUUACCUUGUUGCUUUAAUCUAUUUGUUUCUUGGCGUUUCCAUAAUCGCUGAUCGUUUCAUGGCCUCGAUUGAGGUUAUAACCUCCAAGGAAAAAGUUGUGGUGUAUCGAAAACCGAACGGGGAAGAAGCGAAGACGACGGUUCGAAUUUGGAACGAGACUGUAUCGAAUUUAACUCUCAUGGCACUCGGUUCUUCCGCGCCUGAAAUCAUGCUGUCUGUCAUUGAAAUCAUCGGGAAGAGAUUUGAAGCCGGAGACCUCGGGCCUUCAACAAUCGUUGGUAGUGCAUCGUUCAAUCUCUUUAUCAUUAUAGCCAUCUGCAUGUAUGUUAUACCCGAUGGGGAAAUUCGAAAGGUGAAGCAUCCUCGAGUGUUUUUCAUUACCGCUACUUGGAGCAUCCUUGCUUAUGUAUGGCUGUAUGUAAUUCUAGCCGUGUCAUCUUACGGCGUGGUUGAGAUAUGGGAAGGUGUGCUUACCUUCCUGUUCUUCCCAAUGCUGGUAGUAUUGGCUUGGAUCGCUGACCGCCGCCUUCUGGUUUACAAGUACAUGUACAAGCGCUACCGAAUGCGUAAAAACAAGAACAUGAUCGUAGAAACUGAAGGUAGCGCUUUGGACGAAGACAACAGGCAAGAUGGGACCACGGUUUUGAACAUGGACUCGUUGGAGGAUGGCAAAGCAAACACGGAUGACGAUCAAGUUGGAAAUGUAAUGGAUCCUCUAAUCGUUGACCCAGAGAGCAACAGAAAAGCAAUGAUCCGAAUUAUGCGGGAGCUUCGCAAGACGCAUCCCGAUGCUGACAUGGCAGAACUAGCUAAGAUGGCGAGCUCUGAGGCCUUGAGUAACCAACCGAAGAGCAGAGCGUUUUACAGAAUUCAAGCGACUCGUAAAAUGACCGGCGCAGGGAAUAUUCUUAACAAAGGAAAAAACGACCAAGCUAAAACAGCGGAUAACUUAUCCAUGGUUCUUGAAGACCCUGACGAUGCAGUUGCCAAAAUUUACUUUGAGCCAGCGGAGUAUAAAGUAAUGGAAAACUGUGGUGUGGCCGAGCUACAGGUCGUGCGGACUGGUGGGGACUUAAACACGACUUUGUACGUGGAUUACCAAACCGAAGACGGGACCGCUAACGCAGGCUCUGACUUCGAGCAUGCGGAAGACACCAUAGUAUUCAAACCGGGCGAGACAACGAAGACGAUAGCCAUCACGAUUAUGGAUGACGACAUUUUUGAAGAAGACGAGUAUUUCCGAGUGAAACUCUGCAACGUAAGAUCCGGUGACGCAGACGGUAUGUUCGAUACCAAAGCAAAUUCCACCCAAGUCGCAAGGCUGGAGCCGCCAGCAGUUGCAACGGUUGUUAUAUUGGAUGACGACCACGCAGGUGUUUUCUCAUUCCCUGAACCCACCAUUACGGUGAGCGAAGGCGUUGGAGUUUUGAAAGUGGAAGUACAGCGUAACUCAGGAGCACGCGGUCGAAUAACUGUACCUUACAAAACGGUGAGCGGAACAGCAAAAGGAGGCGGAGAAGACUAUAUUGACGCAAUCGGAGAGCUUGAUUUCGACAACGACGAGACCACAAAGUGCAUCAACGUAACGAUAAUAGACGACGAGGAAUAUGAAAAGAAUAAAAGUUUUUUCGUCGAGUUGUCCCAACCCAAGCUGUAUUCGGACAAAGACUCAGGAACGGAUGCAGGGAGCGAUUCCGGGAUCAACGGGAAGGAAAUUGACAAAAAGGCAACGGAAGAAGAGGAAGAAGCAAGGAGGAUUGCCGAACUCGGUAAACCCCGUCUUGGAGCGGAGACAACGGUCGAAAUUAUAAUUGAAGAGAGCUACGAGUUCAAGAAUACAGUGGACAAACUCAUCAAAAAGGCGAACUUGGCUGUAAUUGUUGGUACCUCGUCGUGGAGGGAACAGUUUAUUGAAGCACUUUCUGUGAACGGAGGAGACGAUGACGAUUCGGAUGAGGAAGAAUCUGAGCCAUCCUGUUUUGAUUACGUCAUGCAUUUUCUAACCGUAUUUUGGAAAUUGCUCUUCGCCUUCGUUCCACCCACCGAGUACUUUAGCGGGUGGGCUUGUUUCACCGUGUCAAUCAUCAUGAUUGGGGUGCUGACAGCGGUGAUCGGCGACGUAGCGUCUGCCUUUGGCUGUGUGGUAAACCUCAAUGACGCAGUCACGGCAGUUACUCUUGUUGCUAUGGGCACCAGCGUCCCGGACACCUUUGCAAGCAAAGUUGCAGCAGUUGGGGACCAGUAUGCUGAUGCAUCUAUCGGUAAUGUCACUGGUUCAAACGCAGUGAAUGUCUUCCUUGGUAUCGGUAUUGCUUGGACCAUUGCCGCCAUUUACUGGGCGGUUACUGGGAGAACUCCCGAAGAGCAAAAGUUCAGAGUCAAUCCCGGGAACCUCGCGUUUUCAGUCACCGUCUUUUCGAGUUUCGCGAUCAUCGCGAUUGCGAUCUUAAUGAUACGCAGAAGGUCAAAAUCGAUCGGGGCUGAGCUCGGAGGACCUCGCGUCCCGAAAAUCAUCUGCAGUCUUUUUUUCCUGACGCUCUGGCUGGUCUAUAUUAUCUUGGCCGCUCUCGACAGUUACUGCGUCAUCAGGACCUUCUAAACAGCGCCCUCAAGCGCAGACCUCAUGGGAACCGCUCCCGGUCACGUGACCGGAAGUAUACGGACGUCAGCCGCCGUGCGAAUCUAGGGGGGUGCGUUUUUUUAGAUCCGUUGAUUUCCCCCGACUUCAGAAGGCGCUGGUAAACUCGAACCCACUCUCUUCAAAGUUCCCGUUGCGCAUACACCUUUUUACUCAACCACACUCUUCGUAUCUUUCGUUUAGAUUAAUUAUAUCGCGUAAAUUGCUGUUCGGACAGUGCACGCUUUCGGUGGAUUGUCCCACGGCUCGUCCAACCACAAAGUUAUUAUGAUUUGCUUUUAAAAACUCGUUUCCUUCUUGAUCCUUGCCAGGAGCACGAACUAAGACGAAGACAUUGCAUUGCGAGCUGGCCGAGAGGAACUUCUCCUUUGCUAUUAGGUUGAAACAACACUGUUCUAUCUUUUCGCCUUUUAGAAUUUUUACGCUCCGCAAAUUGCACCCACAGUGUACAAUUCACAACAAAUUUUAUAAGGUUUUCACAUCUGCGCAAAUUGCUAUCUUCCAACACGCGGCUUUGUCACUUUAAAUUUGCACAACUGUUCUUUAUAACCCUUUCUUCCGAAUUCCAAGUUACAACCACCGAGCUAAUCGACUAAAUUCCCACACAGUACUAACACAAAAUACGAUAACACUUUCACCUCGAAACUCACAACGGUUGGUCCGCCACAGAGAUUCGUGAAGUGUUUGCAGUUCCACGCAUGGCUUCCACUUUUUCACUUGCCUAAAUUCUAGGCACGUCUAUUUUUGUUUAUGUUCUACUGUUACCCGCUAUUUAUUCUGCUUGUAAACGCCGUCUACUACCGACGGCGAAUCGUUUUUACGCUUUUUGACGACUUUACCCUUGGAUUGUUCAUUCGUGCUGUGUGUUAUGUGCUUCUGACGUCAUAGCUUAUAGGUUUAUUACAUCACGUGGACGACGGAGUCCUUCAGCAAG